AUGGAAAAGCAUUCUUCUUCAAAUUUGGGUGCGUGUAUGGAAAAACUGGAGAAGUUAGGAUGGGGAAUAUUUGAUCCAAGAUACACUAUUGCUGUUGCUCUUUUUGGUGAAGGCGUGGAUAAGAGGCACGUGUGGUUAACCACUGAUCCAACUAUUUGUGAGAAUUGGGUCAAGACUGUUGGAGCACAUUAUGGAAUAUGGUUUUUUUUUGGAUUACUUGAUGUUUGGUUUGAACUAGAUGGAUUGCUUAUGGAUUCGGAUGAAGAAAUUGCAUUUUUCAUGUUACUAUGUUGCUAUUGGUUGAAUCUAACAUCCAACAGAAUUGGAAGGGCAAUUGAUAAUGAUUCGGAAAUGAGUGGUCAUCAACAUACACAAGAAUUGUUACAUGGAACUUCUACACAAUGUCAUGAUCUGAUGCGUCUUUCACGUGAAGCAUAUGUACUUUUAUGCAAUCAUUUUAGACGAAACAAUUGGUUGCAAAGUAGUAGGCAUAUAAGCGUUGAUGAAAAGAUGGCUAUGUUCUUGACAACUAUAGCACAUAAUAAACGGUUCAGGAUUAUCAAACGAAGGUUUCAACACUCCAUAGAAACAGUUCAUAGAUGCUUUCAUGAGGUGCUAAAUGCAAUGAUGAUUUUUGCAAAAGAAGUUAUAGUGCCAACGAAUUCUAAUGCAAUCGUGAAUUCCUCAGAGAGGCAUCGUAAGCUAAAAGAAAUCUUUCCUGGGGCAAUAGGUGCGCUAGAUGGAACUCUUGUACAUGCAGUCCUGCCUGCUGAUCAACAGACUCGCUAUAGGGGAAGAGAAAAAGGUGAAUGCUUUCAAAAUGUUUUAGGAAUUUUUGAUUUUGAUAUGAUGUUCACAUUCGUAUGGGCCGGUUGGGAGGGUAUAACACAUGAUUCGCGAGUUUUGAAAGAAGUUGCAUACAAAUAUUACCUUUGCGAUGCUGCAUACACCAACACUCGUGGAUUUAUGACUCCUUAUCGCAACACGAGGUAUUGGUUAGCCGACUAUCGACGGCGACGUGCGUUAACUAAUGAAGAAAAAUUCAAUCAUGCACAUGCGCAACUCAUAAAUGUUAUUGAACGUGCUUACGGUGUUUUGAAGGCGAGAUUCCCAAUCCUAAAGCGAAUGGCUCCUUUUCCUUUUUCAGUGCAAAGAGAUAUAGUCGUUGCUUGUUUUGCAGUCCACAAUUUCAUAAGGAAAUGUGAUAUUCAUGAUGAGUUAUUUAUGGUGUUCGAGGAGAACAAUGCUCAAGCACAAGGGGGGCAAAAUGAUGGCGAAAACGUACACGAUAUGGAAUGGGGUUCACAAGGAAAUGAAUACAUGGAUAAUUUACGUGACCAGAUUGCGAAUCAAUUGGUGUGA